AUGCCCACUACACUCGACUCAUCUACACGACUCUUCGCAACCUCAACACUGGCGAAUCGGGGCCUUCUCCAGCUCUCGUCUAUCAGUGUUGAAAUUGUGUUCAAAAGUGGAUCUCUGUGGGCCAAGACAAUGGUCAUUGUGAUUUGUGCGCUACUCGUCAAGCUGCCCGAUCGGCAGGGUAUCGCCACAUCUUUGCACGCAGAUCCCGUUCCUGAGCCCAUCACUUUGGCUUACACGCGAUUUGAGUACAUCUGCUCGACGAGUCUGAGCGAGGGAUACCGACCAGUCCAGAUCAGUGCGGCACUAUGGGACGCAGCCGGCUUCUUGUUCCUCACCAUAUCGAGAGUCGGUCUCCCAGAUAUCCUCCAGCUUGCUAGCGGGCAAGCCGUGCUCAUCGCCCAGACUACUCUUAUUGGCUUGCCGCUGAGCACUUUUUGUUAUGGGUUCGAAGUGCUUCAGCUCGAGAGGUACAACCUUAAUUGCGAGCUCAUGGCAUCUGGAAAAGUCGUAGAAACCGAGCAGGCCCCGGUUCUCACAAUCUGCACAUCGAACAAGAACGAUGAGCUAUAUACGAAAUGGGAAAUGCGUCAAGACUCGUCCACGGGUGACUUGGGCCCGCCCACGGACUGGGACACAGCGCGGUGGUUUCUUGGUGGCCUCGGGAGCCCAGCCCCUUUCGCCUCCCUCUGGCCGCUCUGCCUGUUCCUGUACGAUUUCAGAGCCCGAGAAAGGCGGUCCCAAACCCCGGUCAGCCAGAUUAUAAAUGACUAUGCCUCUAUCGCACCAGAGGACGGACCCACGCGUGCAAACUCGGCGCCACAAAGCUACAAGCUGGUCAACGUCCGUCGGCCUGAAGGCAAUGUGAUCACAAUCCAACGCAGCCGAUCAACUCGGGAAACAGGCGAGGGACAAGACGGCAUGGUCUAUUCUUCGACGUCAGCAGCGGCGAAAGAAGCCCGCCGCACCGUCCUCGCCCGCUCAUCGGACGGCAGUCUUGUGAGAGUGCAGCGCCCUGUUCGUGACUCAGAACUGUUUACGAGGCUCAGAACUCGAGCCUCAGACAAAGAAAUGACGCCUCAAAGUGAGUCGGUAAGAUCCUCGUCGAUAUAUGACGACGAUGCGAGCCGAGGCACGAUGAUAUCAACCAUGACGCUUGUCGAGACCGCGUUGGCUGAACAGCAAACUUAUGAGAGGUUGCGAGGGAUUCAAAGAGGUGGGCAUUCGGCAAAUAGAAGCUCUGCGACUGGUGUCAGCGGAACAUCCGGCAACAUUGAGAUUGGCCAUAUCGACGAGCAGGACGAGUAUGAACGCAGCCGCAGAUACUCGGUCAGUGAUUAUGGAGAAGAUAGUGGUCAUUCAGCGGAGGUUGAACGCAAUCACUAUUUGGCAAGUCAUCGCAGCAGAUCAGGAUAUUCUAAGAAGUUACGAGAUCAGUCAAGAGAUGUGUAUCUUGGCAAUCCAACAGAAACGGCUCCGAUGAGACCCUGGUUGCAACGACUUGUCCGCCUCGGCUCCUAUAUCCUGGGAAGCUGCAGCGUCGUUCUCCCGAUUGCCUUUAUUGCUUUGAGCAUUGCUAUGAUCUUCACGAGGGGGCAACCAGCGACCUCAAGAUGGUCUACAGUGGCAGAUCUCGUCGACUUAGCCGCCAUCGUCUGGCCUAUUGUAUUUGCCACAGUAGUGGCACAAUGCUUUAAAGCUGGGAUCAUCUUUCGGAGAAAGAGUAUCUCAGAUGGAAGUGUCUUCAGUCGCGGAAAACAAUCUGCGUUGCCUCGCCUGGAAGCGCUGUGCCUGCUCGUUUUCCUGAUCUGGUGCCUUUCGCCCAUCGGACAGCAGGCAGCCCGGCACAUGCACGGUACCGUCCAGAAGACCGGCCAAAGUCAUCACGAUGUUUUUUACAUUGAUAAGACGGGCCACAAUCAAGUCUGGGAUCCGGAGUCGGCAAACGAGCUGUCAUCAACAAGCCGCUCCGAAUUAGUUCAAGCUAUCGGCGCAAAGUACACCCGCAGCCUCUCACAAGAACACGUCGACAACCCCCUGAGUGAACCGAUUUCCAUUUACUCGGCACCAAAAUCCACGAUGAACUCUAUUAUGUCUGCAUCUGGAUCCAUGGCCGAUGCUGCAUUACCCCAUGGCAUACGUUCUCGUGGCGAAAUGGUCACCACCACGCACGAAGGGGUAUCCAUCGCAGCAGAUUUCAAUACUCUGAACUUCUCGAUGACUGCGUCUGCGUUCGAAUUCAAAUGUGGAGACUGGACUCUCAUGACGAGACAGUUUGGCAAUGACACGUCGUCUGGGCAGAUGUCCUACAGUGCUUCUCAGACUCUUGGACUUAGUAUGCCUGGCUACGAUGAACUGGCAGCUUCUCCAACCGUACGACUGGUUUCUUUGAACAGGAAAUCAGUUUCCAGUACCACCGGGUUGAAAAGGAGGCGUCGCGAUACUUCAACCCCGGUUGUCGCCCAAUGGGAGUACUCUUCGAUCAGUUGCAGCUAUGAGCAGGUCUUUUACGACGUGCCCAUGCAAUGCAGUCGAGAUGCUAGCACUGGUCUGACCACCUGUGCGCAGGCAGCCACGGCACAGCUGAUUCCAUCUGAUGAUUCUUUGAACACACCUCUUGGCAACUUCGCAUUAGACUUUGUGUGGUCGGGCAAUUUGCCGACGACGGACACGGCGGCAACAGCGACCGAACGAUUCAUUCAACGCGGUGGUCCGUCUGACACAAAUUCUCUCGCCAACACGAAAGAGGCUCUCAACCCCAACUUUAAUCUCUCAUCAACCGUGUCCCCGGAGGAAUUCGCCCAACGUUUUGGCCAAUUGUUCAGCACAUGGGUUGGACUAGGCUACUGCCCACAGUGCCCUUCAGGCAUCGUGGUCAACAGCACCUCAGUCCCUGCCAACCUGCAACCUCGUUACAGGAAGACUUCCUCAACCGUCACCUGGACUGGCGAGCAGGUAUUCAAGAUCAACUGGGCCUGGAUAGCCGCGUUUAUUGUAUGCACUUCUGUCCUGCUGGUUGCUGCAGUCGGAAGCGUCGUGGUCGAGACGAUGGUCGCUGCAAAGGCCGCUAAAGAAAAUGCAGUGAGCCGUGCUACUUUGAAGAAUAGUAUUCUACCACUGCGUCUUCCGACGAUGUACUCGACCUUCAGCAAUGGUCAGAGAUCACCGCAGUGGGGAAAGGCGGUGAUGCAAGACAUGGAUGCCGCGGCGGGUGCUGGUCGUUCUUGGAGGAUGUAUGGCUAG